AUGGUUCAAUUCCAACAGAAAAUAGGCCAACUAAGUUCUCUUAGUGAUUUGGCUCUAUACAGGAGUUGCUUGGAUGGUUCAGUUCUUGCUUCUUUGGGAAAUUUAAGUAACUUUGCUAAGUUGUAUCUUUUUAAUAAUUCACUUUCUGGUUCUAUUCCCCCAGAGAUGGGAGACCUCUCGAAUCCAGUUGAACUUUACAUCGAUACCAAUAGCUUAACCGGUAUAAUCCCAUCAAGUCUUGGAAACCUCAGAAACCUCCUUCGUCUUCAUUUAUAUAAUAAUCAACUUUCUGGCUCCAUUCCCCCUAAAAUAGGAAAUCUGAAAAAUCUUGUUGAUUUAGACAACGAAGCAGGAGCAAUAGGACUAGAUUGGAGUAAGAGAGUGAAUAUCAUAAAAGGUGUGGCACAUGCUUUGUCUUACAUGCAUCAUGAUUGCUUCUCACCAGUUAUCCAUCACAACAUAUCAAGCAAGAAUGUGUUGCUAGAUAUGGAAUAUGAAGCUCAUGUCUCAGAUUUUGGAACUGCUAAGCUUCUCAAGCCAGAUUCAUCUAAUUGGACUCAACUUGCAGGCACAUAUGGAUACGUUACACCAGAGCUUGCUUACAUAAUGACAGUGACCAAGAAAUGUGAUGUGUAUAGCUUUGGAGUAUUGAUACUUGAAGUCAUCCUAGGGAAGCAUCCCGGAGAUGUCUCGCCCCAUUUUUAG